AUGGCUCCCGCCGGUUGUGGCUUGGACCGACCGUGUAAGCUGGCUGGUUCGUCUCUCGAACAAGAACCUCCAGGGGCAACAACGGGCGAGCAGCUGGGUCAGACUCAAGGUACAAAGAGUCCCGACGGCUCCGACAGGCCUCCUGAACGAGGACGACACGGCCGACCAGUCACGUCUGGAAUUUGGCCGCCCCGGAAUGCUGACAAGGACGGAAACCAAUUCCACGGCGUGGUGCCCUCAGCCUCGGGCCCCCAGAUGCAGUCAGCCCUACAGAAGGAGCCGAUGGCCUUAAAUACAGCGGCAUCGAGGUCCGACGUUGCAGGUUUUCUCAUUGCAGCUCGCGGUACCAUUGCCUGUGAGAAGAAGACGGGAUUGACCAGAAAACAAUGGGAUAACUUUCCAAAUGAGCAAUGGGCGCAGACGCUGGUGUCCCAAUUGCAAUAG